AGAAAGGAUGCAUUUUGCUGGUAAUCCUGGCUUGGUUUAAGUGGACCAGCUUAGUGAAAGUAGAGAUAGGAGAUAGUCUGUCUCUGUCAGUCUUCGCGGAUUCGCGAGCCGGCGGUGUCCACUUGUGUUCCUUAAUCAAAACGCAACCGUCUACUUAGUUAACAAAAUGAAGUUAUGCCUACUGCUGGGUAUGGCAGUGGUAGUGCGCUGUCAAAGUCCAGAAGUCAAUUUCCCAACGCCUACCGCCACGGAGAACCCCGGGGCGCCGACCACCAAACAGGACAAGGGGCUGAUCGACUGGAUCGCUAAUCUGCUCGGAGGUGGGACCACUACCACGCUCAGACCGUCGCAAGACCCGCCUGAAAAUUGUCCUCAAUGCCAGUGCGGCAUCGCGCGUACUAGACGGCGCAUCGUUGGAGGCUAUGAGACCAAGAAGCUGGAGUUCCCGUGGAUGGCCGUGCUCAUGUACAAUGGCAGGUUCUACUGCGGAGGCUCGCUUCUCAACGACUUGUAUGUGCUCACCGCCGGCCACUGUACUUCUGGGUUCCGCAAAGAGAGAAUAACUGUCCGCUUCCUGGAGCACGAUCGCUCUGAUGCUAAUGAGACCAAAACCAUCGACCGGAAGGUGUCCGAGAUCAUCCGUCACAUCCGGUACAACCCCGGCACUUAUGACAACGACAUCGCUUUGUUGAGGCUGGACCAGAGGGUGGACCUCCGAAGUGCCUUGAAGCGCGUGCGUCGCGACGAGAGCAUGACAACGGGAACACCAGUGGAAGGAGCGCAGAAUGAAGAUGACGUGGGCCUGCGUCCUGUGUGCAUGCCCACUACUGGGCUGUCGUACAGCAACUACAGCGGGGUCGUCGCUGGGUGGGGCACCACUGAGGAGGGUGGGUCUGUCUCUAGCACUUUGCAAGAGGUGUAUGUACCCAUAAUAUCGAACGCGGAGUGCCGCAAGACCGCGUACAAGAACAGGAUCACAGACAACAUGCUGUGCGCGGGCACAUCUGACGGAGGCAAGGACGCCUGCCAGGGCGACUCCGGCGGGCCCCUGCAUAUUCUCAACACUGACACUGCGCAGUAUCAAGAAGUCGGUGUGGUGUCGUGGGGCGAAGGAUGCGCGCGCCCCGACCGCCCCGGUGUGUACACGCGCGUCAACCGCUACAUAACGUGGAUCAAGAGCAACACCCGCGACGCUUGCUAUUGCCAAUAAAUGUCUGUUAUUUAUUUACUUAAAUUAUUCUAUGGUUAAUGCUCUCUGAUUAAGUGUUUUAUUAUACUUUGUGAACUAUUAA